UUUCACAUGUCUGCUGAUGUGCCGGGUUACGAUACUUUUCUAUUCCGUAAUUUAGCACUUGUGUAGAACCACUGUUGUUUAUGCCACAUCGCCUCUGCGGCGUAAACAGGAGCUUUAUUCGAGCGGAUCUUACGUCCUUUAGACGGGCUGCUGACCGAUAUCAGACGUAACGUUACGUAGGUAGCGUACGUGCAUUCCUGAUAACAGGAGCUAACGCUAGCCUGCUGGUGUGUCGAUACAGAGUGACAUAAGUGUUAUUUACAUUAACGUUAGGAUGGGUGAGGAAAUCAACGACAUGCCCAUUCACACAGCCUGUGAAUCGGCUAAUGGCACCAAUAUAGAGGAAAACGGCGGAGCAGUAGAAGGUGUAACAUAUUACACAUUAGAGGAGAUAAGAGUGCACAACAUGAGCACUGACACAUGGCUCAUCAUCAAAGAUAAAGUGUAUGACAUCACGGGCUUCCUCGAAGAGCAUCCGGGAGGUGAGGAGGUUUUGAUAGAGCAGGCAGGCUCUGACGCCACAGAGAGCUUCGAGGAUGUGGGUCAUUCCACCGAUGCCAGGGAGAUGCUCCAGCAGUACUACGUUGGGGAGCUUCACAUGGAUGACAGAAAAAAGGAGACGGCAAAGGAUGAAAAUGUUGCAAACUCAGGAGAGUCCAGCAGCUCCUGGACCACAUGGUUGAUACCUGCUAUUGUCGCAACCAUCGUUGGUGUCAUGUAUCGUUACUACCUGUUUGAACACAAGUCUUCUUGAGCUGGCAUCCUGUUUUCAUCUCAUUCUUUUCAUCUGGAGGCCUUGAAAUGUUUGACCAAAAACCUCCUCACACUGAAUGCGCACAAUUAGGAGUGUCUGCAUCCUCUGCAAGAAGAACAGGAGGUGAGCAGUUUGAUAAAGUACUUUUGAACCAAACAGUCGGGCAGAGACUUUAUUAAAUUGUCUGCCUUCAGUUUCUUUGUAUAUCUUUGUCACUGCCUGAUGUCAUUAAUGCUGUCCUUAACUUAAACUUUCAUAUGCAUUUUAACCAUUUUUGUCACAACUUUAAUAACCCAUUUGCCUGCUCAGAAAAAGAUAAUUUUACCUGCCUGGAAUAAAUGCACCAUCAUUUCAAUUUCUGUUUUUUUUUAAUAAAGUGAAAAAUCUUACUGCUACCAUACAAUACCAAUCAGGAGUUUAUUCCAUACACUCUUUACAGCACUUUUCUGGUUUAAAAUGGCUUGAUUGCAUUUAUCACUUUAUUGUUAAUGCAUAAUCUUUCCAAUUAUGUAGUUGCAGUGUGAAAUCUGUUCUUUUUUUGUUAGUUAUAUUGUAUCCGUGAUUAUUUAAGGUAGAAUUUAUUCUGAUUUGUCCCAUUUUUCUACAGUUCUGUUAUCAGGAAUUUGUGUAAAUGUUCAAACUGCCUGAACCAUAUAUUAAUAUAAAAUGAUGUAGUAUGUAAUAAAACAGUAAUAUUUUGUUACUUAGUUAAAAUUGCUGACAAUGAAUGAUGAGUGAAUACCCUUCAAAGAAGAAGUAUUUCUAAUUUGAUUGUUCGGUUUUUAAAAUGUUCCUCAAUAUGCCAUUUGUUGUUUUUAACUGGUGCUUUUUCACUACUUUGUUUCAUUGUAAUGCAUCUUAACUUUAUGUUUUGGGUAAGUGGUACUGCAGCUGUUGGGGGUUUGGAUUGUAUUCAAUUAAGUCUGGUGUGCGUUUCAGGCCACAGAGCAUACAUAUUAAACUAUUUUAGUUACUCAACAUCAUCUUUCAUUCUCAAGGUUGCUGUUCAGCUGUUAAUGUUAAAUAUGUAAUGGUCAAUAAAAGCCCGGAAAGCAUUUUUUAAUAUCACUCCUAUUGAAUAUCUCAAAAAAGGAUUUGUAUUUCCUAUUACUAUUGAAACAACCAUUUUCCAACUACAAAGACAAUACAAAUUUGAAGUCCAUUUACCAACUACCAUUAAAAACUUCUGGAUAUAACUUGCUGUAUAUGUUUACACGCGACUACAAAAUAACUUUCAGAUGUCAAAAUCUAGUUGUUGGCUUUAACAAUGAAUAUUUGCCUCCUCUUUGCAUUUCAAUUGUCAUUUCUUAUCAUUAAAACUUU